UAAUGAAUUUAGCCACCAAACCAAAUUGGAAGAGACUCCUCCAGAGAUUCAAUUUAUGUCCAAUGAAUAUUAAUUCAUGGAAAAUUGAUCCCUUCCCAUAAAUUUUAUGGUUGCCUUAGAAUUGUGUGUGUGAAAUAACAUCCCUCCAACACAAUGAUGUGUUUGAUAUAUAAAAAUCCUUUGGAAUUUGCUAAGAGAACAUAAGAGAAAGACAAUAGAUAUGCCGAUUUGAGAAACCUAAAAAAGAGAAGAAUAGGGAAAUAAAUAAGAAGAGUAAUAAUUGGAAUAUGAACAUGAAUAAGAAGGAGUUAGAAAAGACAAUUGAAUGUAUAUUGAGAAUAAGAAUCUAAAAUGGAAAUAGAAAUGGAAAUGGAAAUAGUAUCAGAAAUUGGAUUUGGAUAAGAAAAGAAAAGAAAAGAAAGAACAUGAAAUCAAAAAUUAUGCUUACAGGUAAAUAUUUAUUAAUAGGUACUCAUAUCAUAAUGAAAUGAA